GCCAGCGCGCCUGGCGACGCCGCGCCGCCGCCGCCAUGCUGCGACGCCCGCUGCGUCGGUCGCCGCCGCCGCCGCCGCUGCUGCGUCUGCUGCUGCCGCUGCUCGUCGCUCUGUUGGCCGCGCCGACGCCCGCCCUGCCCGACAAGAUCGACAAGAUCCCCAUCGGAGCCAUCUUCGAGCAGGGCACGGACGAGGUGCAGGCGGCGUUCAAGCUGGCGAUGCUGACGCACAACAAGAACACAUCGGGCCGCUUCGAGCUGCAGGCCUUCGUCGACGUCAUCAACACCGCAGACGCCUUCAAGCUGUCCCGGCUCAUCUGCGGGCAGUUCUCCCGCGGUGUGUUCUCGCUGGUGGGCGCCGUGAGCCCCGACUCGUUCGACACGCUGCACUCCUACAGCAACACCUUCCAGAUGCCCUUCGUCACGCCGUGGUUCCCCGAGAACGUGCUGGCACCGUCUUCGGGCCUGAUGGACUACGCCAUCAGCAUGCGGCCCGAGUACCACCAGGCCAUCAUCGACGUGGUCCGUCACUACGGCUGGAACCGCAUUAUCUACUUGUACGACACGCACGACGGACUGCUACGGCUGCAGCAGAUAUACCAGAGCCUCCGGCCGGGGAAGGACUCCAUCCAGGUGGAGGCGGUGAAGCGCGUCCAAAACACCUCGGAGGCGAUGGACUUCCUCCACAGCAUCGAGGAGAUCAACAGGUGGGCGAACAAGUACAUCGUCCUCGACUGCCCGACGGAGAUGGCGAAGGACAUCGUCGUCAGCCAUGUUCGUGACGUCACGCUGGGAAAGCGCACCUACCACUACCUGCUGAGCGGCCUGAUCAUGGACGACCGGUGGGAGACGGAGGUGAUCGAGUACGGCGCCAUCAACAUUAGCGGAUUCCGGAUCGUGGACUCCAGCCGGAGUUUCGUGCGGAACUUCCUGGAGGGCUGGAGGCGCUUGGAGCCGGACACGACGCCGGGCGCGGGCCGCGACUCCAUCUCGGCGCCGGCGGCGCUGAUGUACGACGCGGUGCUGGUGCUGGUGGAGGCGAUGAACCGGCUGCUGCGCAAGAAGCCGGACGUGUUCCGCGGCUCGCUGCGUCGCGGCCAGCUGCCGGGCAACGCGACGCGCGCCCUCGAGUGCAGCGCCAGCAAGGGCUGGGUCACGCCCUGGGAGCACGGCGACAAGAUCUCGCGCUUCCUGCGCAAGGUCGAACUGGAGGGCCUGACGGGAGACAUACGCUUCAACGACGACGGCCGCCGCCAGAACUACACGCUGCACGUCGUCGAGAUGACCAUCAACAGCGCCAUGGUCAAGGUGGCGGAAUGGUCGGACGAGACGGGCCUGACGCCGGUGGCCGCCAAGUACGUCAGACUGCGGCCCAACGGCGAGUACCAGAAGAACAGGACUUACAUCGUUACGACCAUAGUGGAGGAGCCGUACAUCAUGAUGCGGAAGGCGAUGCCGGGCGAGACGCUCAGGGGCAACGAGCGCUUCGAGGGCUACUGCAAGGACCUGGCCGACCUCAUCGCGCGCAGGAUCGGCAUCAACUACGAGCUGCGCAUCGUCAAGGACGGGAAGUACGGCGCGGAGAACCCCGACGUGAAGGGCGGCUGGGACGGCAUGGUGGGCGAGCUGGUGCGUAAGGAGGCGGACAUCGCGAUCGCGUCGAUGACGAUCACGUCGGAGCGGGAGCGCGUGAUCGACUUCAGCAAGCCGUUCAUGUCGCUGGGCAUCAGCAUCAUGAUCAAGAAGCCGGUGAAGCAGAAGCCGGGCGUGUUCAGCUUCCUGAACCCGCUCAGCAAGGAGAUCUGGGUGUGCGUCAUCUUCUCGUACGUGGGCGUCAGCAUCGUGCUCUUCAUCGUGUCGCGCUUCUCGCCCUACGAGUGGCGCCUGCUGCCACCCGGGGGCAGCGCCGCCGCCGCCGCCACCGCCACCGCCGUCGGCGUCGGCGUCUUCGACGACGCCGUCUCCGCGGGGGUGGGCGUCGGCGUCACGGGCGUCGGCCGCUGCGGCGUCCUCGCCAACGACUUCAGCAUCCUCAACAGCCUGUGGUUCGCGCUCGGGGCCUUCAUGCAGCAGGGCUGCGACAUCUCCCCCAGGUCGAUCUCGGGCCGCAUCGUGGGCAGCGUGUGGUGGUUCUUCACGCUGAUCCUCAUCUCGUCCUACACGGCCAACCUGGCGGCCUUCCUCACCGUCGAGCGUAUGGUCGCGCCCAUCAACAGCCCCGAGGACCUGGCCUCGCAGACCGAGGUGCAGUACGGCACUCUCUACCACGGCGCCACCUGGGACUUCUUCAGGAGGUCGCAGAUCACGCUGUACAGCAAGAUGUGGGAGUUCAUGAACUCACGGAAGAACGUGUUCGUGCGCACGUACGACGAAGGUAUCCGUCGAGUGCGGACCUCCAAGGGCAAGUACGCGCUGCUCAUCGAGUCUCCCAAGAACGACUACAUCAACGAGCGGGAGCCGUGUGACACCAUGAAGGUCGGCCGCAACCUGGACGCCAAGGGCUUCGGAGUCGCUACCCCGCUAGGAUCGCCUCUCAGGGACCCGAUUAACCUGGCUGUUCUGACGCUGAUCGAGAACGGUGAGCUGACCAAGCUGAAGAACCGCUGGUGGUACGACCGCACCGAGUGCAAGCACAGCGACAAGCAGGACGCGACGCGGAACGAGCUGUCGCUGAGCAACGUGGCUGGCAUCUUCUACAUCCUGAUCGGCGGCCUGCUGCUGGCCAUCCUGGUGGCGCUCGCCGAGUUCUGCUACAAGUCGCACUCGGACGCAGCGCGCGCCAAGAUUCCCUUGUCGGAUGCCAUGAAGGCGAAGGCGAGGCUGACCAUCGGUGGAGGAGCCGACUUCGAGAAUGGACGGUUCUGCUCCUUCCAGUACUACACGCCGGCCAAUCAGAUCAACAGCGCGGACGGCGACCAGCUGCACAGCAACACGCACACGCAGGUCUGAGUGUGGCUGUCUGUCCGUGUUUCUCUGCCCAGCCGCCAACGUCACUCCAGCGCAUGCGCGGCCGCCGACAGUGGCGCCACGUUCGAUCAGCGGUCUCGCAAUGAAACAGCCAGUCGUCGCCUGGAUCGCCAGCGCGCCGCAUGCAGUCACGCCGUCCGCCGAUGCAAUCACCGUCGGAAUUCGAUAGUCCUACAGUCACGACAUGGGAUAUGAUACUCAUCUGUCGCCUACUGGCUCAUAGAAUUUUCCAACCUAUCAGAUGACACAUUUCUCACUCUGGAAUAUUUCAGUGCUCAAAAUUACUGCUCAUGUACAUUCUACUUCAUCUCCACCCUUUGUUUAUACCUGAUCCAAGCAGUAACAAAAUGAAGAGCUGUCGUAUUAGUUAUCGUUUCCUUCAUUUCCACGUCCAUUGAGAACGUACCCAUGUCUCGAAGUGAAACCGCAAUUUUGUACCUGAUCGAAGUAUAUAUAACGUAACAGAGGUGUUGAAGGGCAAUGUAAAUAAGUCAAGUAAAAUGAUAUAAGUUGCCUUGCUCUCAGCCAUUCACCGUCUAAAUGCGAAUUAUUUGUCCGAAAAGUGGCUUUACGCCUCUGACCUCGGAGACUGAUGUUUAUAGAAACAGUAGCACGCAGAAUUUUUUGUAACUGCGUGACGUUUUGGAUGAGAGGAGCUUAAAUAAAAAGUCUGAGAAUACCUCAUGCAUCAUGUAAAGCCGUAGCUUCGGUGAUAAUGUUGCACCCGAUAUUCUAAAAAUUGGAAAAAAGUUAAAUUCUGAAGAAUUUGCAAAUCUUGCUCUGCUGAAGAAAGAAGAUCAGUUACUUUGGGGCACGUCCUUGGAGAAGCUGCCUGAAUAUCGCAUCGUUAAAUAAGGACAGUAUUUUGUUUAGUAUAUUUUUAAUAGACACAAAAUUGCACUAUUACACUCCUGGGAAUUUAGAUUUGUUAUACUUGGUUGUUUGCUUCACUUAUCAUAGCGAAAGCCAUCUAAAGAUAUCAUAUUUAUGUUUUAUUGCAAUCAGUUCUAAGUGUAGAUUAAGUGUAUUUAAAAUUAUGAUAGAAAAGUUUUCUAUCGGUGUGGAACAUGUUUGUGAAUUCUUCAGGCAUAUACGAGCGCAAGUGAAAACAAUGUUUUUUCCUUGUGGUCUAAUCAAAACUAACUGUUCAUCUAGAUUACACGAAUACUUCAGUGCAGAAUUUUGUGAAUAGUUUUAACAAGACUUUGGCACUUUACACUGAGCAAAACUUCAUCAUUCUGCUGCGGGAGUUAACAUGUACAACUCACUGUGCAAAACAGUAAUUUUAGUUUAAGUGUGAGUUCUUACUAACAUAUCGUGCUGCAAUAUCAUGAGUUUCAAUUCCCUCAGAAACAUCUUUUAAAAAUUUGUGUUUUAGAUGUUUUUAAGGCUCUUUAUAAAACUACGUUAAUUAUAAGAUACUGUGUAGAUGUAUUGUACCAUUGUCGCUGUUUUUCAACGCUUCCUGAAGACUUCAUUGUACCACUGCGACGAAACAAUCAUCGUUCACCACCAGCGCAUUGAGAUGGAUGAGGGAGGCUGUGUUUCUGGCUCACAUUACCGCAUUACGUCGAAGCUUACGACUGUGUUCAUUUUUGCUACAAGAGUGCACAUGCUAACAUUGUAAGAAACGAGCUGGGAUGCACCAUUGGAAUUCCAGGAUAAACGUGGAUGAACACGGAGUGACUUUAGGAACACUUUUGAGUGAUACCCUUCUUACGUGAGUUCUCCAUUAGUUUUCACGUUCCAGUCGUUCUAUGUCCGUCUGCCAGUACUACAUAGCAUAACUUUUAGUUUUUGUUCGAGAAGUAUUCACGCAGCGAAAUAUUGACGACCAGCAUGGCAGUAUUUCCGAAUAGUAUUCUGAAGCUUCCCUUGUAAGUGUGACUGUAGAACAUCAUGACAUUGCUUUAGAAGGCUCUUGCAGGUGAGCAAAUUCCUUUUCUUCUUUAACCAAGGCUGUAUUUGAGAGAUUAUUCCAUUGCAUGCUGCUACACCGGUGACGACGUUUAGAGACGUUUCACAAUGGUGCUCGUUCAUAGACACGCAUCUCAUCAUUCUUGUCAACUUUUUAUUCUUCUUAUGAGCAUACACUGACACACAGAAAUUGCAUUUUUAUAGUCUGCAACCAUGUUGGAGGCAGUAUUCGAAGCAAAACAUCAGAUUAUGGAGUUGAGACCAGUAAGUUGAGAAUAAUUCAUCAUAAGUACAUCCAUCCCGUAGGACGUUCUACACGAUACUUCCUGGCAGAUUAAAACCAUGUACAGGAACGGGUCUCAAACCCAAAACCUUGCGUGUCGCGGGAAAUGCUGUUCCCGACUGAGCUGUCGAGGCACAAUCUAGAAGUAGUGGACUACUGAUUCUGCUCGUAUACUAUGAUUUGUUAAAAUGGACUAUAAUUUAAUCUUUUCUCAUCUCACUAUUUUAACAUCAUUUGUAAUUAGUAUCCAUAUAUUGUGGCAGAGAAUAAUAUCAGUUCAGGUGUAAGUAACUGGUUUUCAAACUGCUGUCUCAACAAUAUCAAGUAGCAUUCAGGUACCCCCACUGUUGUGAACGCUAAUAUUAUUUCUUUUACGUUUGAAGUACGAAAUUACGCUUUGGUGCAGAUACGGUCUGCUGCUUUGCAUGUUAAUUCAGGGCAGACAGUAAUAUGGUAAAAUAAUUACCUGUAAAAGCUCUGUGAACUAGGAACCAAGAACCUCAGUGAUCUCGCUUGUUUCAUUUUUUCAGCCCGGAUUUUAUCACUUCCAUAAACACAUUUUACUUGCUAUCUUUCUCAAUACCAUCACCCUUUAAUCAUAACGCCACACACACACACACACACACACACACACAUAAAUAGAAGAUCCACACAAGUGUCAGUUUUGCUUGAUUGUCUACUACUGCUGCUGAGGUUAUUUAGUAAAUUACUUGAAUUAUGUUACUUUAAUGAACACUUAGAUAGCUUCUACUCUCUUAAGGACGUGUGGACAGCUGGUCAAAACAUGCACCUUAUUCCCUAAUUUCUAAAUUUCUUUUUUGUUUACAAGAAAAUCUUACUGAGAGUGUUCUUCAGGUUAUAAGUUACCGGUCGAUUAAUUCGAUGGCUUAUGUACUUCUCCAAAAGUUUGGAUUUGUGCUGAGGAAAUUUUCGUCUUGUAAUUUAGGAAGGUGUACGAACUCGGAAAAUGUGUUAAGCAUGGGGCCUUAUUAAGUGUAAUUGGGGGGCUACGUAGUCUUGUGCAGUAACUGCAGUCAAGUAUGGAAAUAUUUCGUUACGUUUGGACAAAUAUGUUCUUUAGAGUCAGUUUCAGUAUCCGCUGUACAUUUAUUGCGAAUUUAUUGCAGUUGCAGAAGUUCACAGAAAUAAGAUGUGCUCAAUUCACCAAAGGACUUUCCAAAUCAGAGGCCACAAACAACAUGGCAUAACAUCUAACCGUAGGUGGAAAUUCUUCUAGCGUUUUCAGUGGAAAACAUUGAAGCAUCCUGACGUUUCGGACCCUUUUUAACAGAAAUUCAAAGAUUUUCUUGAACAGCGUUACGUCAAACAAUUAGAAUUUAAUAUAUCCGAUAUUAUGUAAUCAAACUAUAGGAGAAACCUGUAGCAACUGCUCCAGCAUUCGUAUACUCAAAUGUUGACGCCGGUUAAUUAGUAACGAAAUCUCGGCCCAUAACGAAUACAAUAUUCUCGAAGUAAAAAUUGCUGUAUGGCAGUAUAGUACUUAAACUUCCAAGCUAAAAGCCCAAUACAUGUACGAUUAUUUUCCAAUUCUAUAUCAAAUGACUUACUUCGAGGCUUGAUCUCCGUGUUCUUUCCCGUAUAUCCUGAAUUUAUGGUGAAUGUAGCACCUAACUACUACAGAUAUUUUGAAACAAACAAUUUCGUGUUUUACAUUCUUCAGUCAGGAGCACCAUACCUUACGUGUGUUUUGUCCAACGUGUCACUCAACACCGGAUUCUAACAAUAAGACAAUAAUUUACCGUUUUUCAACAUUACUGCGUAUUUCACUAAAGGACCUUCAUAUUACAGCUAUUUGAGGCCAUAAGAAAGAAAUACCAUUUGGAUUAACGCACAGAAUGCAGCUGUGUCUACACCGGAAAGCCAAUGAUUGCACGAGUUUUUGCCCUCUGCUUUCCUGAAAUUAGCAUGAAAUAUGAUAUUUUCGUUCGAAGACGCCGUUUCUUAGUUGUUUGUAUGACCUCUGAAACGCUUUUCCCGGCCUCCCUCUUACUGUGUCACUCUGUUUACUGUCUGAAUAAACGUAAAUUUUUAUUGUCGUUCGUGUUCUUUGAAAUGGAAAGAGCACACUUCAAAAUAAGAAAUUACAAAUACGAUUUGUACAGAAACGAAAAUGCAAAUAAACAUGUUAAAGUC